UCUUCACCAAAGCGAACGUCAAACUUGCCGUUCUCACCCUCUUCCAACCACUUUUCAACACAAACGCAGACAAGCCUUGAUCUACCGCGAUUAUUGCAACCAUGAGCUGGUUUGGCGGAGGCAACAACAUGGAGAAGCACCUGUUUAAUCUCAAGUUUGCAGCAAAGCAACUCGAGCGAACGGCCAAAAAGUGCGAAAAGGAGGCGAAAACCGAGCAAACCAAGCUCAAACAAGCCAUCCAAAAAGGCAACAUGGAAGGAGCACGAAUUCACGCUGAAAACUCAAUCCGGAACAAAAACCAGUCGCUCAACUUUUUGCGAAUGGGUUCCCGCAUCGAUGCAGUCGCAUCGCGCGUCGAGACCGCCGUCCGCAUGAAGCAAGUUACUUCCUCGAUGGCUGGUGUGGUCAAGGCCAUGGAUCAGGCUGCCAGCUCGAUGAAUAUUGAGAAGAUCUCCAUGAUUAUGGACAAGUUUGAACAGCAGUUUGAGAAUCUCGAUGUUCAAUCACAGUACAUGGAGAACUCGAUGAACUCGUCAACGACGUUGACCGUGCCAGAAGACCAAGUCGACUCGCUCAUGCACCAGGUGGCUGAUGAGCAUGGACUCGAGCUGAACAUGGAGCUGAAUAGCAACAAAGUACCUGACACUGCAGCCUCCAACGCUGCUGCCGAACAAGACGAGCUUUCCGACCGGUUGGCACGCCUGCGACAGAACAUCUGAGUUUGGCCACGAUUUCGUCUUUGUUCAUGGUUUGUGAUGCAUGCAUUUCAUUCUCUCUCUUCCGUCCGUUUGUCAGCCAAUCUCGGGAUGAACAUUCCUUGUCCCAAAUACAAAAUUCAGACUGCU